AACCGUUUGUGAGGAUGACACGGCAUGGUAAGAACUGUACUGCAGGGGCUGUCUACACCUACCAUGAGAAGAAGAGGGACGCAGCGGCCUCAGGCUAUGGGACCCAGAACAUCCGACUGAGCCGGGACGCCGUGAAGGACUUUGACUGCUGCUGUCUCUCACUACAGCCCUGCCAUGAUCCUGUGGUCACCCCAGAUGGCUACCUGUAUGAACGGGAGGUGAUCCUGGAGUACAUCCUACACCAGAAGAAAGAGAUUGCCCGGCAGAUGAAGGCCGAUGAGAAGCAGCGAGCAGCCCGGAGGGAAGAGCAGAAACAGCUUCAGCAAGCUGCAGCCCAGGACCAAGUUCGAGGCUUCCUGGAGAAGGAGGCAGCCAUCGUGAGCCGGCCCCUCAACCCCUUCAUGCCCAAAGCUGCCACCUUACCCAACACAGAUGGUGAGCAGCCAGGGCCCAGGGUGGGUCCCCCAGGCAAGGACAAGAACAAAGCGCUGCCCAGCUUCUGGAUUCCCUCACUGACGCCUGAGGCAAAGGCCACCAAGCUGGAAAAACCAUCUCGCACUGUGACCUGCCCGAUGUCUGGGAAGCCUCUACGCAUGUCGGACCUGAUGCCAGUGCACUUCACGCAGCUGGACGACUCUGGAGACCGCGUGGGACUCAUCACACACAGUGAGCGCUACGUGUGUGCUGUGACCCGAGACAGCCUGAGCAAUGCCACACCAUGUGCAGUGCUGUGGCCCUCUGGGGCUGUGGUCACCCUGGAGUGUGUAGAGAAACUGAUCCAGAAGGACAUGGUGGACCCGGUGAACGGGGAUCCGCUGACAGAACGUGAUAUCAUCGUGCUGCAGCGCGGCGGUACCCGCUUCGCAGGCUCAGGAGUGAAGCUACAGGCAGAGCUGUCUCGGCCAGUGAUGCAAGCCUGA